AUGGUUAUCCACAAAAAGUUACAAUUCGCGGCGGUUUUAUUAGCGACAGUGGUAGCAGCUUUAGCGACCAAUCAGCCCGAUAAUCUCCCCAACGAGCUGACGGUUCAUGUUAUCAGCAACUUGAGGGACAAAAUACUGAUAGUGCAUUGCCAAUCCGAAAGCUUCGAUCUCGGUGCCCGUGUGCUCGAGAUCGGGCGCGGCUUCAGUUGGGGCUUCAGGCGGAAGUUCAAUACCCAUUUCAGGUGCGAUCUCGCGGUUGAAGAUAAGCGUCUUACUGUCGAUGCAUUCGUGAAUGGCGGCACAUAUCGAAAAUACAUAUAUGUCCGGGAUUCUGGGGUUUACGGGGAGGAUCUCAUUGCUGUGUGGAGGCAAAUUUGA